GAGGAGGGCGAGAUGGUCAGGGACAUCGAGUGGAAGGCCGCCUGCGACAAUUGUUUCUGCGCGAUGGGCGCGGUGCGUUGCGUGCCGCUCGCCUGCGCUCCACCGCUUCAAGGCUGCAGCCCGAUCGUACGGGAUGGACACUGUUGCCCGUCCACCUACAACUGCAGCGGUAGCAUCGAGGUUAAGGCCACCCAGAACUACGCAUCGUACGCGUUCAUCAGCAAGGACUACGCCAAGUUCCGCAAGGAGACCAAUUUCUUUCCGGCAGUGGAGCAAAUAACAAGUCCUCCAGUGGAAGGACGGGGUCACCGAGUGGUCGAGGAACGAAACGAUUAUUCGAGCACCACGGAAGGACCGUCGUCCUUGUAUUCAACCGAUCCAACGUCCUGGCCUUCUACGAUCGAGACGGACAUCAUGGACAACGAAAUUCUGGUCGAGACGGUGGACUACGUGAAAUCGAGCCCAGAUAUCGCAGCAACGACACUGGCCCCACUGGAUGAGUCGACGACGAGCGUCGAGUCGACGACCCUGGAGUCAACUUUCGUUGGUAAAGGGGACGACAAUCCGUUGAACGACCAAACGACGACGUUCUCGACGAGCGGCAUCGAGGCGUCGACGGUCACAGUGAUCGAGAAUCUCUCGGACGAGGCGACGACGGAAUCGACAACCCUGUCACCGGAAGCGACCGGAAACGAUACCGUGACGGAGGACUGGCUGAGAAGCAACGGGACCGUAAGGAACCGGAACACGAGCCAUUCGAAUAAUCCGACGAUCGUCGUGAUCAACGACGAACUCGAGCACGGAAACGAGACGAUGGAGCCGGCCGAGACAACGGAGUCCAUUGGCAAAGGGACAGUCGGCAAACCGUCAUCAAGCGUGCUAAUGCCGGACGACAUACUGGUGAUGAACGUCACCGUGAAAACGAACGUCUCGGUGGGUCAUAUACAGGGUGUUACGAUAAACCCGAUUAGGUCAAUACCGCCGGACGUCGAGGCUAUACUGAACAUCACUCACCGGGAGAAGGGGGAGGACUACGAUUACGAUUACAGCGAGCCAACGUUGCCACCCUCGCUGCCGAAUGUCAGGAUAAUUCCGUUCGUGGCGGCGGACGCGCUGGUGAAAGACAAGACGGUCCCGUCGCCUGUCACCGGAUAUCCUUCCGGAUCGGUGGUCGUGCAGCCGGAAUUGCGGCCGACUGACACCUCUGGAUUCUACGAUAUCGUCACUCAGGAGAACCGAUUCAGUCCGCCGGUGGAGACAGAAGGUGGAUUCGUACCACGAGAGCCACCGUACUUCAACGCCCCGUAUCACUCCACCGAUCUGAAUCUGGAGAUCGGAACGGGCGUGACUGUUGUUCCGGCGCCAAUCACGAGUCCGCAUCGUAAAGGCGACGCCAGCAACUGCCUGUUCGAGAACACGGAUCACCGUCACGGCGAAAUUCUGCCCAGCAGCAACGUAUGCGUGAUUUGCAUGUGUUACUACGGCGAGGUGGUGUGCACCUCGGAGAAGUGUCCACCCCUGAAAAUCGGCUGUCGACGGAUCAACACCGAGGGGGCCUGUUGCGGAAAGAUCGUCUGCGUGGAGGCAGACGAGUCCCCGACGUUGGUGCUGGAUCGAGCAGACGCGACAGCUCCGUCGAUCCAUCAGCCGAUAGUGUCGCCAGACCCGUUCCGUGACGUGAUCAAGACCGAACCGGCGCCCGAUCUGCCGUCUUUGAUCGAGGACAUGUUCCCAUACCUGUCCAAUUUCGAUUACAUCGACAAGCUAACCUUGAUCCGUCCCCCGUACGAUUACAGGCCAGACGAAGGAGACAAUCGGCUGGUGUCGAAGCCGAGCUAUCCUCUGAGCCAGGAGAACCGCUCGAAAGAACCGAUUCCACCUGGUUACAACCUGAAAGACACCGAUCAGACCCUGGACCAUGUCUCCGAAUCGACCAUCGAGGCUAGAAUCGAUCACGAGAGGACUAGCUCUUCGCCAGGUCUAGACCAUUCUACCAAACAACCGGAUGAUCAUUCUGUAGACGUCAGUCAAUCUCUAAACACAGUCAUAGACGGUCUUAAGUUAAACGGUUCGAAGGAUGACGAAGGUUCAGCGGGAUCGAUGAUCGAGGAUACACCAUUAGGGGAUACCAAGGUCCACUCGACUACCAUCAAGGGUUCAGAAGCUAGUCCAGAACCGGAGGAGCCUAUUUUUUCUCUGGACAGUGUCUUGGAUCUGUUCUUCUCGGGCAACGACGAAGCCAGCAGCGAAACUGCUAGGCCAACGGAACCCACGACCAGGUCCACGGUAGAGGUUAAGGUUGCUACGGAGGCUGUAGAGGACGCAAGGGAGCCAGCCACAGAGACUGGAACCUCACCGAAGGUACUAGAGAACGAAAUCCCUGCCUCGGUGGCUAGUCUGCUGAAAUUGGCCGGAUGUAAUAUCUACGGGAGGAUGUAUCGGGUCGGGAGGAUCAUCACCGAGCUCUCUGGACCCUGUCUAGAAUGCAGGUGCACGGAAAUCGGCGUCCAGUGCAAGCAGCUGGAGUGUUGA